UCUCAUUAAAACACAAUAUCAAAUUAUCAAACACUAACAAACAUGGCACGCUUUGAAACUCUUGCUACCACUUUGAAUCUCAAAGCCAUAAUUUUUAUGGUUUUGAUAUUAUUCCUUACAAUCACUUCCACGGCUUCAAGCAGAAUCCUCAGUGAACUAGAAACACCAGAAGAACCUAUUACUCAUUCUGCACUGUCUCCUGUUUCUUCCACCAUUCUCCCUCCACUUCCGCAACCAGCCGCAACAACUGGUACUGAUAUUCCUGAUCAGCACCACACGAUAUCAUUUUUCUUGCACGACAUUCUCGGUGGCUCCAAUCCAACAGCAAGAGCAGUAACCGGAGUCGUUACCAAUCCUGCACUCAACGCGCAAGUCGCAUUCGCUAAGCCAAACGGUGCAAACCUUCCUCUUAACAGCGGAGUUCCACAGAACAAUAACAACAACGGAAUUCUAAACAACAAUAACCUCCCUUUCCUAACAGGACUCAGCGGAAACACGGGAAACGUCUUCAACAACAACAACAACAACAACGGGAACAACAAUUUUCCGGUGACGAAUAUGAAUCAGAUACCACAGGGAAUGACGGUGCAGGAGUUGAUGUUUGGAACAAUGACAGUGUUUGAUGAUGAAUUAACAGAAGGGGAAGAGUUGGGAUCAGGAUUAGUAGGGAAAGCACAAGGAUUCUAUAUAGCAAGUUCAGUGGAAGGAACAAGUCAAGUAAUGGCUUUUACAGCAAAGUUUGAAGAGAAUGGUUAUGAAGAUAGUCUCAGCUUCUUUGGGGUACACAGAACAACUCAAGUUUCACAGUCACAACUAGCAAUCAUUGGAGGAACAGGAAAGUAUGUGAAUGCUAAUGGAAUUGCAAUUAUUAAGACAUUUCCAGUUACAAACAGUCAACAACACAACACUGAUGGGCUUGAAACUCUCUUGCACCUUACUGCAUAUCUUUCCUAUUAGGAUCUCUUUAAAGUUAUGUGUCAUGCAUCAAUGAACUUUAAGUAUGUUUUCAGCUUGCAAAACUAUUGCAAUAUAUUUGUGUUGUGUGUAAUGAACUUUAAUUAUGAAUACUGAAUAUCACGCAUAACAAAAGCAUCAACCUUCAAA